AUGAGCGACCACGAGCUUGAUGGUACCACAUCUGAACUUGAGGCACUAAGAUUGGAAAAUGCGCGAUUAAGAGAGCAACUCGCCAAGAGGAAAGACAACAGUCAGAACUACCCACUAUCUUUGGAAGAAUACCAGCGCUACGGGAGACAAAUGAUUGUUGAAGAAACAGGCGGUGUAGCAGGCCAAGUAAAAUUGAAAAAUUCGAAAGUUUUAGUAGUUGGUGCUGGUGGUUUGGGGUGUCCCGCCUUGCCCUACUUGGCGGGCGCAGGCGUGGGUCAGAUCGGUAUAGUAGAUAACGAUGUAGUAGAAACUUCCAAUUUGCAUAGGCAAGUUCUCCAUGAUUCUAGUAGAGUCGGUAUGUUGAAAUGUGAGUCGGCCAGGCAAUAUAUCACGAAACUAAAUCCGCACAUUAACGUCGUCACCUAUCCCGUUAGAUUGAAUUCCAGUAAUGCCUUUGAGAUUUUUAGAUAUUACGAUUAUGUAUUAGACUGUACAGAUUCCCCAUUGACCAGAUAUUUAGUGUCUGAUGUUGCGGUUAAUCUGGGAAUAACAGUGGUGUCAGCAUCCGGUUUGGGAACAGAGGGCCAGCUAACUAUAUUGAACUUCAACAACAUGGGACCAUGUUACAGAUGCUUUUAUCCGACCCCUCCACCACCAAAUGCGGUGACUUCCUGUCAAGAAGGCGGUGUGAUAGGCCCAUGCAUUGGACUAGUUGGAACGAUGAUGGCUGUUGAGACUUUAAAGCUCAUCCUAGGAAUCUACACCGAGGAGAAUUUUAGUCCCUUUUUGAUGUUAUAUUCAGGCUUCCCGCAGCAAAGCCUGCGCACUUUCAAAAUGAGAGGCAGACAAGAGAAGUGCCUGUGUUGCGGUAAGAAUCGAACAAUAACAAAAGAAGCCAUCGAAAAGGGAGAGAUCAAUUACGAACUGUUCUGCGGUUCACGAAACUAUAGUGUAUGCGAGUCUGACGAAAGGAUCAGUGUGGAAGCAUUUCAGAAUAUAUACAAGGAUAAUGGAUUUCUACCGAGACACAUCUUCCUUGACGUUAGACCCUCCCACCACUAUGAGAUAUCUCACUUCCCCGAGGCAGUCAAUAUUCCAAUCAAAAAGUUAAGAGAUAUGGGCGGGGAUCUUAAAAAAUUACAAGAAGAACUCCCUACUGUAGAAAGGGACAGUGAUAUAGUGGUUCUUUGUCGUUAUGGUAACGACUCUCAAUUAGCUACAAGAUUGUUGAAAGAUAAAUUUGGGCUCUCUAAUGUACGUGAUGUGAGAGGAGGUUACUUCAAGUACAUAGACGAUAUUGAUCAAACCAUUCCUAAAUAUUAG